AUGCAGUCCGAACAGGUACUUGGACCGCGCUGGUCGCUCGAGGAGCUACAAACGUUCUACCUCCUGCUCAAGACACACGGAAAGCAGUGGGAUAAGCUGACGGAGCGUCUUCCGCAGCGUUCCUGUGGUAUGGUGCGCGCUCUGUUUGACAUGCACCGUGGCUACCUGUCGCUGUCUGAGGCUUCGGUCGAGGGCUUUUGUGCUAUUAUGAUGGACCAUUACGACGUGCAGGACAAACAGGGGAGACUUCUAGCCAAUGAGAAGCUAAAGCGCAAUAAAACGGACUUUCUGAUGCUGGAACAAGGCGAAGAAGCGACAAGGAAAUGGAAGAAACGACGUUUGGAGAUACUCUUGACUAUGAAGCCCUUGAAGACGCCCCAGCUGCAGAGAGAGGAGCAAGAAAGGUCACGGGAGAGAUCACUGUCUGUGAAGAGAGGCAGAAAUAAAGCUGUGCCAAAGAGGGCGAGAGCCUGGUUGAUACGGGAACUUUCUGUUGACGGAGAAGACAAAGCUAGACUGGGUGUUGAGCUCGGUGUACCGAGGUUUGACCUGCCGUGGAGCCAUUGGUUCUAUUCACACGUGGACGUGGCGUUCUUCACUCGCAAUGAGUUCAUCGAGUGUCUCGACGUCAUGGGCCUCGGCAAGAUCACGUCAGCUGGGCGGUCGACCUGGUCGUCAGUGCGAGCGUCCAUGGGUCGCCCUCGACGUCUGAGUCCGUUAUUCUUUGCUCAGGAGAGGCAGAAACUCGAGGCGUAUCGAUCUGUCAAGCGCCAUUUGGAUUCUACGCACAUGCUGGAUGAUAAAACGUGGCCGUAUCGAAGCACUGCUCCAUUGUUUCCAGGAACUACGGUCAUCGCAUGGGUGGAGUCAAAGCGGUGCUUUCAACUAGCUACCGUGGUUGUGGCUCACGACACUGCAGGAGCAUGUCAAGUGGUUCACUUUGGCAGUGAGCUGCAAACAGAUGUGGUGGAACGUAGUUUGGACAACGUGAUGACUUUGAACUUUCCGCUAUGGUCAUGGCGAAGUAAAGCCGAUAUUGAAGAGUUGAAGGUGGCAUCUACCACGCUACUACGACGUAACGAUGGGGUUUGCAAAGACACGUCGACGGUUGUGACAUCGAAAGCUGUCGAUCCUAGCGACGAAAGGUAUCGGGACGACAAGUGUCGCGCGCUUCUUGCCGUGAAAGCUCUACUACACCGCAAGGAACAAAUUGUGGUGGCAAUGGCACAUCUGAAUGAACGUGUCACUGAAAUGCAGAUGCGAUUGCACGAGAAGAACGCAAUGCAAUCAAAUGCCCGAUCGGCUCCUACGGUCUAUUCAUCCACAGCCGUCAAGGAUCUUGUGUGGGCCAAUUCGCGCAUGAAGCAACAACUAAAGAAGCAGUACUCAUGGCUGGCUGCCAACUUGGAUGCGACGAAUGGACGCUUGAGAGCUGCACUACUGAGCCUUCAGUCUUUUUCGAAAAGCGGUUCUCAUGGGGAAGAAAACGCUGACACGAACGUUGCUGAAGCCGCAGAUACGCUGGAAUGGAGUAGCGCAGCGCAAGAUGAGACAUUGACAGAAAGUGAAAUGCGUUGGGCCAUCGAUUUCUUGGCUGCAAGUCAGCGAAAAGCGGCUGCGGUAGUCACGGAGAUGGUGCAUCAGAUCGCACAAGACGAAAAGGAGCUGACUAAAUCAAGCAAGUCGACUAGCGCAAUCCGUCGGGGAGAAGUGUUACCAGAAACGAUGCAGCUUGUCACCAACUGUGUCACUUUGAUGAGCGUUCUUCAUCGGCAUGUCGCUGCAUCACCAGACGUGCCCGCUGUUGUCACGCAGAAGCUUCUUCAGCGCGUGCUCGAGUUGCUAAAACCGACUUAUACAGAGAAUAUGGAUCUGUACGCGGAGCUUCAUGCUGCUGUAGAUGCUGCACAAGCUCAGAUGACGCUGCAGGCUUCUACGAGUAAAGUGGACUAUACUGGUUGA